ACGAAAUAGACGGGUGUCUCACACUUCCGGCUUUUAUACACUCGUCAGUAGCCUGCAGUAACGCUCCGUGGCAGAUCAGUCAAUGCCAGCGUUGUCUUAGGUGAUUGAGAGUCGGGAUUCAUCUGCAUGGACCACAAAAUGGCGAACUCUACCUGUAGUUUGGGUAUGGCUGUCUCACAGAUCUUCCAUUUCGAGCAGCAAUGCCUCCACUCUCUCAUUUACAAGUGUUACGGUCACAGUUGAAAAUCUAAAACCUCACUGACUGCAUCUCCAUUUCUCAUUUCUCAUUCUCCAUUUUCAUACGAAUUAAUAUAAUGAGUUAUUUUUCCGGAACAAUAGUUUUUCUCUGAAUUUUGUGUAAUAAAGCUAGCUUUUGUAACGGUAAUAAUUCUUGGAAUUGGUCACGAGCUCAGAACCAGAGAAUGGUGGAAGAAAGGCCGGAAGUCUUUGUCUCGUCAUUGCGUGACCGAUUGGAUUUCCGAGAAGGAAAAGGUUGGAAGGACAUGUUUGUGCAGUCGUAGACUACGAAAACUUCGCUCUAUCAUUGUAAAGCUCCAGAGUUCGAAUUCUAGAGAAAUGGACAGUUCUACGAGGCUAAUGAAAUUUCAUCUGUUCAACUGUGAUAACACGUACAAGUUAGAUUCAGUCGAAAAUUUGCUACGUAAUAUGGAAAGCAAUUAUGACUUCAAGAUUCUGGUUGAAAAGCGUUAUUUUCGCCUCCAGCAAACUUCAGAGAUGUGUGAAACCACCAUACCCAAGCUGCAAAUGGAUUUCGCCAUUUUUGUCGUUCACGCACACGAAUCUCGGCUGCCCAUCAACGAGGACAACGCUGGAAUUGGUUACGCGAGAUUCUACAGAGCAUUGCUGCAAACCACAGGUGGCAGAGUUUUGAUAGUGAUUGGUGGAGACGAUCAAUACAAAGAUGAAGACGAAGAAGAACGUACUGUGAUCUCGCGUUGGGCUCGAGGGAAAGUGGCUUCACAGUUCAAUGAGGAGUGCCUCGAUGGAAGAAGAAGUUUCAUCUUUUCAUGGAACAAACAACACCGUGAGAUCCACGAAGAAGCGCUGCUGCAUUACUUUGAUCCAAGCAAGAAAGGACAGAAGUUUGAACAUCAACCAAAACCAAAACCAGUGCCGUUGCCAGAACCAGCCCUUGAAAACGAUGAAGAGGUAUGAAAUGACACCAUAAGUUAAACUUGUUGUCGCUAUCAUUGGUGAUUUUCUUUUGACGAGAGAAUGGUAGUAACUGGAAAAUCAUUAAAUGGAAUGGGCCUAAAAAUGUGCUGGCAGAAAGAGAAAUAUUCAGAAUCAGUCAGUCAGUCAGUCUGUUUGUCAAUCAUUCAGUUUGUUUGCCAAUCAGUCAGUCAGUCGAACAGUCA